UGGAGGUGGAGGUAAAAGUCGGUACGGACACGGGCUUUGAAACCCGGUUGCGAUGCCACGGGUAUCCGUACAUACACACGCACACUAAUGUAGAGGCACACACUAAAGACGUGUGGUGAAAGGCUGCUGUAAAUAGCUCUCAAGAGCCCCUUAUCAGGUGAGGCGGCGACAGACCGGACGCGACGAAUGCGAAUGGGGGUCGAUGCUAACGCGACCUUGGCGUCGGCGGCAUUAUCAUGACCUGCGGGUACAGGGUAGUGAUGCCCUAAUGUCGCCCUCAAGACGAACCAAUACGGUUGAGAAGACCGCCCGUACUAGCCGGCAGCGACCAGUGCAUCGCCAAAAAUCGCAUCGUCGCAAUCGCCUAGACUUGGAGAGUUGCGUAGACAUUGACAUGACGGAAUGCCCGGAUAUCGUUUGCAUCCUCUCAUUGUCACCCUGUAGAGUCACCCCGAAGCAACCGAAAAGAGGAAGGCGAGAAAAUUGUUCAGGCUCGGAAUUCCGCAACGGCCGGAGGGGAGAAAAUGGAGGGCAAGACCUCCAAAAAAAAGAAACAAAAAUUCAUGCAGGUUGGCCACUCGGAGGCAGUGCAAAACAUUCGUGUCUGGAAUUCCGCCUUUUGGGUCGGCCUUCGAGACGACGGCCGACUCGGGUCGUUCCACAGCCCCUUUUCCCACCGCGGAGCGGACAUUGUGCACAUCCUCCAUGCAAGUGGCCCCCCCGUUACCGUUCCACCGGGUCCGCUCGAAUCCCUCCGCCGGGUUCCCAUCGCGGCUGCAUUCCGUCCCAGGCAGGCCUCGACGCCCUGCUCUGUCUGCCUCGCUGGCUGGCCUAUCAGCGCAGAUCUGCCAGAAAGAGAGCUGUGAUAGGGCUGUUGCAUCUGUAAAGCAUAAACAAUAGCAAAUAGCAACGUUGCGGGAAUACCUAUCGGGCGCGAAAAGGGGGUUCGUGCUUACAACGCUUGGAGGAUUCUGGAACCGAUUAUGUCAGGUUCUUGAGAAGCAUAUGCCAGGAGAGGACCCGGAGAGGGCUGUUCGCUAGUCUCUUAAAAUCUCCUGCGGAAAUCCUGCGGCAUGGGCGGACGUGUGGCUCGUGACGAAGCCUAAAAUCAG